AUGUCUACGAACGACCGCAACGCCGUCGGUUCGCCUGCGUAUGGCUCUCAUACAGGAAGCAGUGCGAGCUAUACCCACCAGACCCACGCCUCCCCCCAUAGAACAAAGAACGAGCCUUCGGACACUUCGCCCAUCAAAGCCGAUGCAUCGCGCCGUUCUUCUUCGCCCCCGCAAGCAUCCUCCUCCAAGGCCGGCAAUGCCAGGGACGACAACAAGGAAGACAAAAAGUCGCAAAAGCGACCCAGAGAACAGUAUAGCUGCGUCGAGUGCUUCCGGCGCAAGCAAAAGUGCGACCGACGCUUUCCGUGCAACAACUGUAUCAAGCGAAGGCUUCCCGAGCGAUGCGUGCCGCCUGCUUCGGCCCGAGCCAGUCUCGGCUCCGGCAUGGCUACCUCUCCCACGCCAUCCGAGUCCGGCACCGUCCAUCGCAACAGCAUCUCCCGUACCGCUUCGGACCUCAAUCUCGCCACCACCAUCCCGGCUGCAAAGAGGCAGAGAAUCGACGAAGAUGGCUGGGAUGACCGAAAGAUCGACGAACUCGCCCGCACCACUUCGAGGAUCGCGCGGCUGGAACGUAUCCUGGCGCUCAACGACGCCUCCUAUCUCGAACAGCGCCUCGCCCUCGCUGAAAAGGCGGUGCGUCUGCGUCUCGGCGAAGAGUCGAGCUCGCGCGCCAUCAACGACUUUGGUCAGAACGACCAGAUCUCCAGGCGCUCCAGCUAUGUGCCCGAGGAGAGCGAGACCGACCGACACGUCGACGGGCAUCUCGACGACAACGACGGCUUCCUCGGCACCUCCGCACUCGAGGCAGUCCCGCUGCAGCUCAAAAACGGCCUGCCCACCAACGCCAAAGCGGGCUCGGGCGACGUGGCGCCACAAGCCUUGCUGUCGUACAUCCACCCCAACCCCACGCGCAGAGGCUUUCCCAUCCCAUCGGCCGACGUACAGGCCAUCCGCGCCACCCUGCCCUCCCGCGACCAGUGCGAACGCUACUUUGACGCCUACUUUGCCCACUACAACUGGGCGCGUCUGCCGCUCCACGAGGCUACGCUGCGCGACCGCUUCCGCCAGUUCGUCGCCGGCGUGCCUUCGCCCUCGGAUGUCCGCAUGGAUGCAGAGACGCUGCCGUUUGUCGCUUUGGUGCUCGCCAUCCUCACGCUAGGCUCGGUACCGCCCAUCGUUCAGCCGCUAUCGUCCGCCACUUCGCACGCCUUCUUCUGGGCCACCAAGAAGGCGCUCGUCUUGUGCGAGACGCUCGGCCUCGCCAGUCUCGACUCGUGCUGGGCACACGGUGUUCUAGUCCGCUAUCUCGACGUCAUUCGCGUCACCCGCGCCAGUUGGCACGAGAUCGGCUCGUGGAUCCGCGAUGCCCUCGAUCUCGGCCUGCAUCGCGACGGCAGCUCGUUUGGCCUGCCCAAGGAGCAGGUGGCAGCUCGACGCAUCCUCUGGUCGCACGUCAUCCACAACGAUCGCGAGUGGAGCAUCAUCCUCGGCCGUCCGCUCACCAUCACCUUUUACACCACCGAGAUGCCCACGCGCGAAGACCUCGAGCCGCUCGGCUUUGCGUGCCAGACGUAUCUCCUCGCGCGCAACCGCCUCACCGCCUGCCUCGAGGCCAUCACGCAUUGCUUCGAGGAACGCUCCCAGAGCCGCGGGCCGUCGGGACGCACCUCGCGCGCCUAUUACCGCGUGCUGGAGGUGGAAGACAUGAUCGCCGAGUUUGUCGACUCGCUGCCGCCCUACCUCGCGCCCAACUGGUCGAGCUCGGGCAAGGCCAAGACCGACACGAGCCUCGACCAGGACCAUCCGCUGCUCCCCUUCUACCGCUACCUCAUCCUCGGCGAGGUGUGCUUCUACCGCUCGCUUCUGCAUCGCCCCUACCUGCUGCGGCCGGCGUCGCAUGGCAAGCAUCCGUUCCCCGAGAGCCGGCGCGUCUGCGUCGAGGCGGCACUCAACGACCUGCGUCUGCGCAAGGAGUAUGCGCGCGUGCUCUCCAAAGAGCAGCUGGCCCAGUCAUUCGGCGGUGCCUACGCGCUCUUCAACUCGGCCAUCGUCGUGGGCAUGUCGCUGCUCAUCGGAUUCAGCCUGGGCGAGCGCAUCGACACGGCCGAUCUCAACGAACGCAUCGGAUAUCUGCAGAACUUCAUCACCCAGCUGCGCCGCAACUUUGACGCCGGCAAUGUGGAUGCGUCGGCCGAGCGCGAGCAGAUGGUCAUCGAGGUGCUUGUAUCGCGCCUCGAACCCUUCCUACCGCGCGAUCUCGCCAAGCGAAGCCGUGGCGAGCUGGCGGCGGCCAAGGGAUCCAUGCGUGCCACAAUGAUGCAGGAUCCCAUGCGACGCAGCCAUGCUGCCUCGCAGCGCGUCGAGCAAGAAAAGCAGGCGGUCGACUCGCUGCGUCUGCUCUCGACCAGCGUGCCCGGUACACCGACCAUGUCGAACAACGGCGCAGGCCAGCUGCCGCCGUCGUCGAUGCAGUCCGUGCCGCCUUCGCACCACCUUGCCGGCUCGCCAACACCCAUGGGUGGGCCUGGAUUCGACAACGCCGCUGGUGCCAUGGGUUCGAUGGCCAUGGGCGGUGGCGCUGGUGCAACGGCGGCCGGGAUGGGCCCUGGCGCCACUGCCAAUCCCAUCGACCCGUACGGCUGGCUCCUCACGCCCACGGCCAUGGAGUCGCCCGACACCAAGACCAGCUCGGCCGGUACCAGCACCGCGCACACGCCCGUCAUGUCGGGCACCAAGCUCGGCGGCACUCCGUCAGCAACCACGGGCAUGGGCGGUGGAUCUGCCGCACCCACCGCCGGCACUCCCAUGCGCCACGGUCACGGCCACAGCCUGAGCGGCAGCCACCCUGCGCACUUUAUGGCCGCCUCGCCAGGCCAGUUUGCUUCCCUCUCGGCUCCCGGCAACGCGGCCGAGGGUCAGGCCAUGUUCGACUGGGAGGGCAUCUUGCAGACCAUCGGAUCCGGCUGGACGGGCGAUGGCACGCUCGAGACCGGCAUGGAGAGUCUGUUUGGGUGA